GGUCCGACAUCCCAUUGUUCCGACCAUAUUAAACCCAUUGUUCCGAAGUCCGUUCCGAAAUCAUCAUGAUGCCCUGUGGUUAAGGUCUGGUUAGGUUUAGGCACAAAAACCACUUGGUUAGGGUCAGGAAAAGAUCAUGGUGUGGGUUAAAAUGAAAAAGAAAGUGACAAACACAUAAGCCGUGAGCCUGCUCCGCCUCAAGCCUUUCCCAGCUGACCCGGCGCCGGUCGCGGCGCACCAUCAAGGUAGAAAUACGCCCGCCGGGAGCCGUUCAGCACCGCGGACGGUCGGACUAAUGGGAUGUCGGACCAAUGGGCUGUCGGACCAAUGACAUGGACCCGACGCUAGGAUAAAUCAUACAUAAGAUAUAAAAUGCUAUUUUGUGGAGGCUUCACUGUCUUCACAAUUUAUUGCCCCUUAUCUGUACAUUUUUAGUAAAUAAAAGCUUUAUUUCCACUAAGGGAAAUGGUGUCAGCUUACAAAAAUAGACAGGAGGUCUGCAAACCCAGCUAGAUGUGGUGGCUAAGCUAACCAUCUCCUCUCUAAGCUGAGCUGGAGUCACGUAUAGUGCUGGCUGACAGAAAUGUGAAGCUUGUGUUUCUUGCUGUGGUUAUGAGGGCAGUUCGGCCUUGCGUUAUAACAUAAGGGGACUGCAUCGGUGUAAACGUGUUGCUUCAGAUACUGGCAGGACAUAAAAUACAAUCCAGGAAGUCUAGUUUCAUUAGUGUUAAGGCUUAUAUGAUGACAAAACACUGCACAAUGGUUUAGCAACUCUAAGAUAUGACUUUGAAAGUCUAAGAAAUUAGCCUGGCAGUAAUUUAAAAUGUUUUAAGUGUGAGAUAUAAACUGUUGAAGAAUAAUGCUCAUGUCAGAAAGCAUGUCCCAAAAAGUGUGUCUGAAAAGAAUCUGAAAAAUACCCAAUACCUACAUCCAUUGUUUAUCUCCUAACAUUCAUGUAACAACAUUACAUUUUGAUGGAAACCUGGCUUAAGAUCUGGUGCUACCAGUCAAGGAUUAAAACUAACGACGUCCCAUCAUCCCGGGGACGUAAUUAAUUGUCAUCGGGAGGAUCAAUAUUCUCUCUCGGGUCGACCUCAGGACAAGGAGAAUUUUGUGGGCACUGACUUCAUUUUUCUGUUUACGUUUUCAACACUUUCUGCGAACCAGAACGGUUCGCAAACGCGUUCGCGGUCGGUGGAAAAGACGAUACCGUCACCAAAGAUUCUUUAUUUACUCUCUGCUGUCACUGUGCUGUGGUGCUCUACUAUUGACGAUGUUGCGCUGGCUGAAGCCUAAAGAGGGGCAGUCUGAGUGUACCCAACCCCAGCACAUAGCCCAGCCAGGCCCCAGCCACCCAGUACGAUAUGGAAGUGAUGGUGACCCACCUUGUCCCACAGAGCCUGAGGUAAGUCAGUAACGUUAACUACAGAAUCACCACCACCAUUCUCGGCAACGAUACGAUGCGCGCGAGUCUCGAGGCAGAAAGCUUUUAGUGGCUAACGAUGCCAGUUUAGCACUAAGCUAGGAAGCUAGGAAACUACGUCGGGAAGAAAGAUACUUUGAUACCGAUUGAUACUUUAACCUCCCACACAUUCAGACAUGUUAAUGCACCUUCUGAUAUUAUUAUGUAAGGAGAUUCCAUCACUUUCAUCUUAUUGUCUACUCUAGUAGUAACUGGUAAGCAGAUUAGCAUCGUCUGCUAGCUAGCUAACGUAAGCAGUCAUACACAAUUAUACUGUAUAUAUGGUAGUGUCAGCCUUUGACAGGAUGGAUGCAGCUGUGCAAGAGAAGUUGGUCAAACUAUUCAACAUCGCCUACUUCAUCGCAAAAGAAGAGCAGCCGUUCACCCUAUUCCCCAAGCUGAUGACGCUUCACAAGACCAACGGUCUCGACCUUGGCUCAACCUACCACAACAACGUGGCAUGCAACACCUUUGUUGAAGUCAUAGCCUCAUGCUUCAUUGAAGACCUCAAGGAGGAGUUGCAAGCAGCCAGGUUCUUCUCUGUGAUGUCUGACUCCUCAGUUCGGUGAAGGACCAGGAGAUGAUCUACUGCACCUACCUCGUGGAUGGCAAACCAGUGAACCGGCUUAUCCAGAUUGUGACCCUGGAUCACGCCCGUAGCCAGGGCAUUUUAGAUGCCAUUCUGAAAGGGCUGAAAGUGGUGGGGGUUCAAGAGGAGGACCUGAAGCUGCGUCUUGUGGGCUUUGGAUGUGAUGGCGCUUCCGUAAUGCUGGGAUUGAACAACGGCGUCGCAGCCAGACUAAAGCACCUGUGCCCCUCCCUAGUGGCGAUAUGGUGCGUCGCUCAUCGGCUGGAGCUGACUGCGCUCGACUGUUUGAAAGUGCUUCCCCAGCUGAGGGAGCUGAACGAGCUGCUACGUGUCAUCCACAAACAUUACACAGUCUCUUCUAAGGCGUCACGGGAGCUGGAAGAGAUCAGCAAGGCGAUGGAGGUCUCCAUUCUCAGGCCAGGGAACACUGAAGGUACCCGCUGGCUACCACACACAUCGCAUGCCCUGGAAGCCCUCAUGAGGAACUACAAGCCUCUACUUGUACACUUUGAGAACCACGCCAGUGAUCCCAAUGACAGGGAAGCCAGUGCAGCCAUGAAGGGGAGGGCAAGGCUUAUACUGAAGUCUCUGAAACAGUACAGGACACUCCUCUUUAUCCACCUCAUGCUGGAUAUCCUUCAAGAACUGAAGCAUCUUGUUCCAGAAAGACGGCCUCACACUCCAGAUGGUCUCGGAUGGGCUGCAGACAACAUGCAUGGUUUUUGUAGCUAUGCAGGUGUAACAGCUCAGAGUCAGAGUUGUAUGAUAUAUUUGUGGUUUUUGGUGAUGAAAUUAUUAAAACUGUUUGUUCAUGUUCAAUGCAGACAAACCCAGGCCCAAGGCUGAAGCGGUUCCUGACUGAAGUUGGGACUGGAUCCAUCUGGCAAGGUGUUGAGAUCAACAGGACUAGCACCGAUGAUGACAACUUCAACAACAUCAAGCUUUGCCUCACCAACAGGUUCUGUG